CAUUUUCCUCUUUUGUUUUCCCCCAUUUUUUUCCACUUUUAUUUGUUUGUUCCCCACCGCAUGUAGCUUCCCAUACAUUGCAGAUUCUUGAAGAUAUCCCUAGCUUUUUCUCCAUAUAUUCAGGAAAUAAUGGGGAAAAAGGCUAAAAAGAAUCCCAGAAGUGGUCAUAAGGAUAAGCGGGUCUCGGCUGCUUCUGCAAAAACUAAUUCUCAGCAGCAGAACACUAUUGCUAAUGUUGAUAAAACCACUGAUGACGGAACUACUGUAGUUUUAAAGGAUAAAAGAGUAUGCUCACAUCUUGAUAAGGGUGUGAAUUUAGAGAAGCUUUCUGCUAAAUUUGGGUCUUCAGAAUCAUUUAAGUGUGAAGAUUGUAGGGAUGGUGGGGAUGGUAGACGUGGGGGUAAGGGGAAAGUUAAACAAGGAAAGAAAAAGGGGGGUGCAGAGUCGAGAACAGAGUCUAAGGCCAUUUGGGUAUGCUUGGAGUGUGGCCAUUUUUCGUGUGGAGGUGUUGGAUUGCCAACAACUCCUCAAACCCAUGCCAUUAGACAUGCUAAACAGAACCAUCAUUCAUUAGCCAUCCAACUUGAAAAUCCUCAACUUCGUUGGUGUUUCCGUUGCAAUAUUUUAAUUGGUGCUGAAAAAUCAGAAGAUGGUGUUGAAGAAAAAGAUGUAUUACAUGAAGUUGUUAAGAUGAUGAAAAUACGGCGGUCUGACGGUGCUGCUUUGGAUGCAGAAGAUGUUUGGUUUGGAAGUGGCAGUGUAACAAGUACUAUAACGUCAGAAAAGUCUGCAGUAGUUGGUUCAGGUGGUAGGGAUAGUUAUGUAGUUAGAGGGUUGAUUAAUUUAGGGAACACCUGUUUCUUUAAUUCUGUCAUGCAGAAUUUAUUGGCACUGGAUAGGGUACGAGGUCAUUUUUUCAAACUGGAUGGCUGUUUUGGACCCCUUACUGCUGCUUUCAAGAAGCUUGUUUCCGAGACCAACCCAGAUUCUGGCUUGAGAAAUGUUAUAAAUCCUAGAUCGUUCUUUGGUUGUGUUUGUGCAAAGGCGCCUCAAUUUAGAGGAUACCAACAGCAAGACAGUCAUGAAUUGCUUCGGUGCUUGCUUGAUGCUUUGUCUACUGAAGAACUGAGUGCAAAAAACCGGAACAAAUCUUCCCAGGAAGAUGGCAAUUCAGAUCCUACCUUCGUCGAUGCCAUCUUUGGUGGUCAACUCUCAAGCACAGUUACCUGCUUGGAAUGCGGAUACUCUUCGUUGGUCUAUGAGCCCUAUUUGGAUCUCUCACUACCAGUUCCAACGAAAAAGCCUCCUUCCAAAAAGGUCCAGCAAGUGAAUCGAGCCAAAAAACCUAAACCACCUCCGAGGAGAAAUGCAAGGAUCCGUCCUAAAAUGGUCAGAGAUACAAAUGAUUUACCAUCUACAAGUACAUCUGAUGCUUAUGUUGAUCGAAAGUCUUCUAGCACACCACAAUCUAGCGUACAUAUUCCUGAACAAAAUGUGGUUUCUUCUGGUGGUUCUGCUACUGAUGUAAGUGUUAUGGCUGAUACCAAGAGCAUAACUGCAGACUGUCUGUCAUCUGAUCAACAUGCUCAGUCCAACAAAGCUGUUGAAAGUAUUGUCGAGAAACCAAUUCCAGCAGAUGAUUUCACCUGGUUGGACUUUCUUGAGGCAGAUACAGUUUCAAACAAUGAUAACAUGACUUCUCAAAUGGAUGACCUUUCAAUCAAUCAUGGUUCUGCAGAUGAAAAUACUGUACAAAAUGAAGUAUUGCAAAAUUCUUUGGAUUCAUGUGGUGAUAAUAUUUCAACAUUUACAGAUACAGCAUGUUGCUCUCGUGAUGAGAUGCAGUUAGUUCACCACGGGAAAGAGAAGUUAUUGAAUGCACAAGAUAUGGCCUCACAAAUUGAUGAGAAAGUAGUCCUUGACAGUUCUGGAUGUGCUGAUACUAUGCAUAGUGAGGCUAAUUGGGAGAAUAGCUCAGAACUCAGCUCUUUGACUUGCUCUAGAGAUUUAAAUCUUGGAGUUGAUUCCUUGGGGAAAUUUUCAGAAGAGGAAACUCCAUUGCUUGUUCAAGAGUCUGAAGUUCUUCUGCUUCCAUAUAAAGAAGAUACCUGUGACAUAGUGAAGACAGAUGGUGAUUUCUUCUCAUCAGCUAUAGGUUGUGAACAAGAUUCAAUGGAAUUUGAUGGUUUUGGUGACUUGUUUAAUGAGCCUGAAGCUACAGGCCCUAGUAUGAAUCCCUCAUCCAUGUAUAAUGCUUCUGAGACAAAUGAAGUUUUACAUGCUGGUUUUGGGGGAAACAGCAGUGAGUCUGAGCCAGAUGAGGUUGACAACACUGAUGCUCCAGUUUCUGUUCAGAGUUGUUUAUCUUAUUUCACAAAACCAGAGCUUCUUUCAAAAAAUGAACAUGCUUGGCAAUGUGAAAAUUGUGCAAAGGUUUUGCAAGAACAAAAAAUCAGAUCAAGAAAGAAACUUCUGAACCCUUGGCCUGAAGAAAUGACAGAAUUGGGCAAAGCUACACGUGCCUCUGGUCUGUCACCUUUACAGGAUAGCAGCCCUUUUUCCUCUGAGGUGAGACAUCUAUGUAAUGGCUAUCUGAAAAAUGAGACAGUUGACCCAUCUGAUGACAGCUUUCCGUCACACAGUACAGAGACUGAUGUUAAGCAGAAUGUCAUGCAUGGUGAGAAUGCUGAAGUGAAUUCAGUAGAUUCCAGCAUGGAAGGUGAAAAAUGUGACGCAGACCUCGCAAAUGUUUGUCUGCCAGGAACUUCUGAUGGGGAUAUGACAUUAUGUAAAUUGGGUGACAACUGCAAAAGACAUGAUGGUUGCCAUGUCAGAUGCACUGAUGGUAAAGUUCAAAAGGACAAAUUUUGUACAGGAACUGGUAAAUGUGAAACAGAAGAGACUAAGGAUGAUGAGAAGAAUGCAGAAAAAGUUGAGAGGGAUGCCACUAAGAGAAUCCUAAUUAAUAGCGCACCACCUAUCCUAACAAUCCAUCUGAAAAGGUUCAGUCAAGAUGCUCGAGGGCGCUUGAGUAAACUGAAUGGCUAUGUGCAAUUCGACCGUACAAUAGAUUUAAAGUCAUACAUGGAUCCAAGGUGCAUGGAGAGGGACAGAUACAAAUACAAUUUGGUGGGGGUGGUGGAACAUAUGGGAUCAAUGAGGGGAGGCCACUAUGUUGCAUAUGUGAGGGGAGGCAUGAAGAACAGUGGGAACACUGAAAGUCAGAAUGGAGAUUAUGUGUGGUAUCAUGCCAGUGAUGUUUACGUGCGUGAGGCUUCUCUGGAAGAAGUUCUUCACUCAGAGGCCUACAUUUUGUUCUAUGAAAGAGUUUGAAACAUUUUGCAUUUUUUUUGUUCAUUUCUUAUAAGAGUUUUGGUGCAACCAACGCACCAUAUGAGAGAGAGAGAGAGAGAGAGUCUAAACCACAAUUACACAAUAUCCAAUACAAUUCUUUUUUGAAGUGAAAUGAGUUUAAAAGAUGUACUAAUCAAGGGAAAACCAUGUUUUUUCUUUUCUAUUGGCCCUGAUUUUGGAUCCAUAUUCGU